AUGCCACCAGAACAAACUUCUUCAGCGCCAAACGGCCACACCCAGCAGCAAGAAGAACAACAACCACCACCACCACCACCACCACCACCACCACCACCACAAGACCCCGCUUCGCCCUCCCCUCCUCCCCCGGCCCCUAUCCCUCUAACACCCGGACCCCGCGCCUCCCGCCUCCAACAAGUCUUCUCCGAAGCCCUCUUGCGCACCCUCCGCGCCAAUUCCUACGCGAACUUCUCCGCCUGCUUUCCCACGCCGGCCAAACAUGUCCCGCACAGUCUCGAGUCGCUAUGGAGGCAGUUAAAUGCGAAGCUGGAACAGAGCGCGCGCGCGGAGUUUGAGGACGUGUUAAGGGAGAGGGAGGUGCUUAGGGGCCUGAAUGAGUUGGAUCGGUUGGUUGGGGAGGCGAGGCUGAGGCGGGAGAAUGGGGAGGGGGAGGCGAGUGUGCCUCCUCACACUCUCGGCGCAAACGAGCUUUACCAAGCGCACCUUGAGCCGUAUCUCGCAGAAGCACAGUCGUCGCUAAAUACGAAGCUGGAAAGGGUGCAAAAGGAGAAUGUCCAGCUUUCUGAGAAAAUCGAGUCUCAGAGACGGGAGAUUGAGCGAUUAUUGUCUGGCCUUGAAGCAGUCAUUAGCGACGUGGAGGGCGCAGCAACUGCUACGGAAGAGUUUGAUGCAAACCAGGGUCUUCGUAAAGAGGCGCAGGAAAUGGACAAUGAAGUCAGAGCUGCUCAGCGCUCAUGA